AAGGCAGGAAGUGGGGCUUGGAGUCGUGGACGGCGUGACAUUCAGCGGCGGCGACUGAGAGCCUGUGCGCUGCGCGUCAUGUUGCGGUGCCGGAGGAUCGUGGGCUCCGCGUUGCCUCGGCGACAGCUGUUUUUUAAUAGCUGCAGAUGGUGCUCUUCAGGAAUUAUUCCCAAUGAAAAGAUCCGCAACAUAGGAAUUUCUGCACACAUUGACUCUGGAAAGACUACGUUAACUGAGCGCAUUCUUUUCUACACAGGAAGGAUAGCACAAAUGCACGAGGUAAAAGGGAAAGAUGGAGUUGGUGCUGUCAUGGAUUCAAUGGAGUUGGAACGACAACGGGGGAUCACUAUUCAGUCUGCAGCAACUUUUACCAUGUGGAAAGACACCAACAUUAAUAUAAUUGACACCCCAGGACACGUUGAUUUCACUAUAGAGGUAGAGAGAUCACUGAGAGUUCUUGAUGGAGCUGUCCUGGUGCUGUGUGCUGUCGGAGGGGUUCAGUGCCAGACAAUGACGGUGAAUAGGCAGAUGAAGCGGUAUAAUGUCCCGUUUUUGUCCUUCAUCAACAAACUGGAUCGAAUGGGUGCAAGUCCAGACAGAGCCGUCCAACAACUUAGAUCCAAGUUGAACCACAAUGCUGCCUUUAUUCAGAUACCUAUGGGUUCGGAGGGAAAUUUCAGAGGGAUCAUUGAUCUCAUUGAAGAAAAAGCUAUAUACUUUGAAGGUGACUUUGGCCAAACGGUUAAAUAUGACGACAUUCCCCCUGAGUUCAGAGCAGAGUCUACCGAUCGCCGCCAGGAACUGGUUGAAUGUGUUGCAAACUUAGACGAACAGAUUGGGGAGCUUUUUCUUGAAGAGAAAAUCCCAACAGUGACUGACUUGAAGCUUGCAAUCAGAAGGACAACACUCAGCAAAGCCUUCACACCUGUGCUGGUAGGAAGUGCUCUGAAGAACAAAGGUGUGCAGCCUCUGUUGGAUGCUGUUCUGGAAUACCUCCCAAACCCAUCUGAAGUCCAGAACUACGCGAUUUCCAACCAGGAGGAUUCCAAGGAAAAAUCUUUGAUUUCGCUGAGCUCUGCCAGAGACAGUUCCUUGCCUUUUUUGGGCCUGGCAUUUAAACUUGAGGCUGGGCGUUUUGGGCAGCUCACCUAUGUGCGCGUUUAUCAGGGGAUGCUGAAGAAAGGCGAUUCCAUCUACAAUACCAGGACUGGGAAGAAGGUCCGGGUGCCAAGACUGGUCCGCAUGCAUGCAGACACGAUGGAGGAUGUGGAAGAAGUUUAUGCAGGAGACAUCUGUGCAUUAUUCGGCAUCGACUGUGCUAGUGGGGAUACAUUUUCAGAAAAAUCUAACACUGACCUUUCCAUGGAAUCUAUUCAUGUCCCUGAUCCUGUCAUUUCAGUGGCAAUGAAGCCAUCAAACAAGAAUGACUUGGAUAAGUUUUCAAAAGGCAUUAACCGCUUCACGAGGGAAGACCCCACUUUCAGAGUUCAUUUUGACAGCGAGAGCAAAGAGACCAUUGUUUCAGGAAUGGGAGAACUGCACCUGGAAAUCUAUGCACAGAGAAUGGAAAGAGAAUAUGGUUGUCCUUGUGAGACCGGAAAGCCUAAAGUAGCAUUCAGAGAGAGCAUUGUGGCAACUGUACCGUUCGACUUCACUCAUAAAAGGCAGUCUGGUGGAGCAGGCCAGUAUGGCAAAGUGAUAGGCUAUUUAGAGCCUCUGGAGGAAGAAGAUUACACCAAGGUGGAAUUCGUUGACAAGACGGUCGGAACGAAUAUCCCAAAGCAGUUUGUGCCAGCCAUUGAAAAGGGGUUCCUUGAGGCGUGCGAAAAAGGCCCUUUGUCAGCUCACAAGGUUUCCGGGAUACGGUUCGUCUUAGAGGACGGUGCGAGUCACAUGGUGGACUCCAACGAAAUCGCUUUCAUCCGAGCUGGUGAAGGAGCCUUGAAACAAGCUUUGGAAAAUGCAACCAUGUGUAUUCUUGAGCCCAUUAUGUCUGUGGAAGUUGUGGCACCCAACGAAUUCCAAGGGGAAGUGAUUGCUGGAGUCAAUCGCCGCCAUGGCAUCAUCACAGGGCAGGAUGGGGCUGAAGGCUAUUUCACUCUCUACGCUAACGUGCCGUUGAAUAAUAUGUUUGGAUAUUCUAACGAACUGAGGUCGUGCACAGAGGGAAAAGGCGAAUACACAAUGGAAUACGUCAAAUACCAGCCCUGCUUAUCCAGUACCCAGGAAGAAUUAGUUAACAGAUACCUAGAAGCAACAGGGCAACUUCCUGUGAAAAAGGGCAAGGCAAAGAGCUGAUUCCCUGAAUGUGAGCUGAUCGUGAGGACCUGCCACCAAACAUCGACUGUCGCUAAGCUCUAUUGAUUUAAUGACUCUUUAAUAUUCAGAGCAGACUUCAUCCUGGAUCGAUACUUCGACUUUAUUAAGUCACUAAAAGACUGUUGCAGAAAUGUUCACAUAGAAAUUCCAUUAAUUAGUCACUGUCUUAAUUUAAUAAAAUGUCUUUAGCUUUACUUUAAAAAUUA